AUGGCCGGAACUCGGGACUACGAUCACCUCUUCAAACUGCUGAUCAUCGGCGAUUCGGGCGUCGGAAAGAGCAGUCUGCUGCUCCGAUUCGCCGAUAACACUUUCUCUGGUACGGUCCUCACAAGUGACGGAUCGUAUUAACCGACUUUGCAGAAAACUACAUCACAACCAUCGGCGUCGACUUCAAAAUACGAACGAUGGACAUUGACGGGCAGCGCGUGAAGCUGCAGAUCUGGGACACGGCCGGACAGGAACGCUUCCGCACGAUCACCUCGACGUACUACCGCGGCACGCACGGCGUCGUCGUCGUCUACGACGUCACCAACGGCGAAUCGUUCGGAAACGUGAAGCGAUGGCUGCAGGAGAUUGAGAACAACUGCGACUCGGUGCAAAAAGUGCUCGGUGAGCAACAAAUUUGUGGAGUCUGAAGGAGAUUCGAUGAUUUUCAGUGGGAAACAAGUGCGAAGAGGCGGAUCGGCGAGUUGUGCUCGAGAGCGACGCCCGCAAUUACGCCCAGUCGAUGAACAUCUCGUUUUUCGAAACCAGCGCCAAGGAGGACAAAAAUGUGGAACCGGUAAUUGGUUUUAAGUAUUUUGAAUGUUUUAGAUCGGUUGGAUUGUCUUUUCACAAGGAACAGUGGUCUUAGGCCAGAAUUGAUCCUAAUAGAUACUUGGAAAAAGUGGAAUGCAACUUUUGCGUCAAAGUCAGUUUUCUGGCGGAAAAUUUAAACAAAUAGUGAGAAAAGCUGAUAUUUUAAAGAAAAAUUUCCGCGGAAUGCGGAAUUCCGCCAAACUAUGCCUUAGGCCCUAAAUCAUUUCCGUAGGGGUAAAAAGGACCUGGCCUUGCUCCAAAAAAAAAGGUAUUCACGAAUAAGCAAGCAUAUGAAAAACAUCCCAAAUCGUCCCUUGACUCCCGCUUCAACCUCAUUCUCUCUGCAGAUGUUCACGUGCAUCACUCGUCUCGUUCUGCACGCGAAGCUCGCCAAUCCGUCCGCCUCGUCGACCCAGCAGAACCGUUCGGGCGGAGUGUCGUUGAAGGACGGCGGAGCGAAUGCGAACCAGAAAAAGAAGUGCAAGUGCGCCUAG